CAAAUUUGGGGAAAGUGAAAGAAAGAGAAACAGAGCAAGAAAUUUGAAAUCAGAAUCCUGUCCUCAUCUUUUUUAUUCAAAUGAAGCAACAAACAGUACUACUGGAGCCAAAAAAAAUGAACUCUUUCUCACACCCACUUCACCAUUUCUCUUGAUCUUCUUUAUCCAUCACUAUUUUCUUUAGCUUCUCUCCUUCAAAAUAGCUUCUUCUUUUUCCAAAAUGGCAGCUUCGGUCAAAACGGCCGAAAAUGCUCGAGAAAUCGGUGCAUCUUUUGGUUCUAAUGGAGUUGGAAUCGAAUCGUUCACCGAGUCAAGUGCAGUAUCUGGGGAGAGCAGCUCAAGCAGGUCGAGCUCCGACAAUUCCGCCGGCGAGUGUUCUUCACCGCCUCAACUCGGCUGGCCGAUUCGGAAGGCUCAGCUUUGCAAAAGUUCAAACUCCAAGGUUCGUGAAGUUGAACAGAAACCCAAUUCCAACGAUUCAAAGCUAAACAACAAAACGGUCCCUAAAGUUUCCGAGAUGGAAAUGAUGAAGGAGAGGUUUGCAAAACUAUUGCUUGGAGAAGACAUGUCAGGUUCUGGUAAAGGGGUUUCCACUGCAUUGGCCAUCUCAAAUUCCAUUACCAAUCUCUGUGCUACUGUUUUUGGGCAACUGUGGAGACUUGAACCCUUGCCAAAGGAGAAAAAAUCAAUGUGGAAGAGAGAAAUGGAGUGGCUUCUUUGUGUGAGUGAUCAUAUAGUUGAAUUAAUCCCCUCUUUUCAAACAUUCCCUGAUGGAAGCAAGCUGGAGGUUAUGACUUCCAGGCCCAGAUCUGAUAUCUUCAUUAACCUUCCAGCUCUCAGAAAAUUGGACAAUAUGCUUCUUGAAAUUCUAGAGAGUUUUGCCGAUACCGAAUUUUGGUAUGUUGAUCAAGGCAUUGUAGCUUCUGAUGGCGAUGGAUCCUCUUCUUUUCGGAAAAUAGUUCAGAGGCAGCAGGAGAAGUGGUGGCUUCCAGUGCCCCGAGUCCCUGCAGGCGGUCUCGGCGAAGAUUCGAGGAAGCAAUUGCAUCAUACUAGAGAUUGCACAAACCAGAUACUAAAAGCUGUAAUGGCCAUCAACAACAUUGCUUUGAAUGAUAUGGAGGUUCCUGAAUCUUACUUGGAGACUCUUCCAAAGAAUGGGAGAGCUUGUCUAGGAGAUGUUAUAUACCGGUAUAUUACGUCGGAGCAUUUUUCGUCCGAGUAUUUGCUUGACUGCCUUGACUUAUCCUCCGAACAUGUCGCCCUUGAUGUUGCCAAUCGCGUCGAGGCGGCAAUCUAUGUUUGGCGGCGUCGAGCUCAUUCCAAACCCCAAAUCAAUCCUACACGUUCUACUGCAAGAUCAUCUUGGGAGAUGGUGAAGGACCUAAUGAUCGAUGGUGACAAGAGGGAGUUUUUGGCAGAAAGAGCCGAGGGCCUCUUGAAUUCUUUGAAGCAGCGGUUUCCUAGUCUUACACAAACUACUUUAGACACUAGUAAAAUCCAAUUCAACAAGGAUGUUGGAAAGUCCAUUCUCGAAAGCUACUCGAGGGUCCUAGAGAGUCUUGCAUUCAACAUCAUUGCUCGAAUCGACGAUUUGCUUUAUGUCGAUGACUUAACUAAACAUUCGAAUAGGUUGACAUCGGCUGCGACGGUUAAUGUUGUUGGUCACAAGAAGGCCGCUUACUCGGUGCAUCUCUCGAGCACUCCAUAUAAACUCACAUCCACAACUCCAAGCUUUUCGCCAGCUCCAUUGGUUAGUCCAGCCAAGACUGAGAGAGUGCCAUUUCUCAACAACAAAAAUACUAGCAAGCCUCCCCGCCGCGGAUUUGGAGUGAAAAGAGCCUUGACGAAUUAUCUUGGUGUCGAGACAAAACUGAAAACUUGCACAAAUUCAAUUGAAGGGGCUGCUUCAAUUCAAAACAUUAUUGUCAAUGAAAAUUCAGAACAGAGAAAAAGCUCUUCUGCAGAUCAAAGUGUGAUAAGUUGCAGCAAAUUGCUUGCUGAGAAGAUCAAAUAGGCCAACUUAUGGUUUACCCUUGAGGGGGGAAAAAGAGCAAGAACAUAGUAUACAGAAUUAGAGUAGAAUCAAUUUGUUAGAAAAACUCUUUCUGUAAGAAAUUAUUAUUUCUAUUUAUUUGAUGUUGCUUGAGUUCUGCUUUCUUAGAACCUUAAGCCCCCACCCAUAUCAAAACCUGACGUGUUGACUUCACUUACAUGUAUUUGGUUCUAAUGUAACUAAAAGCAUAUCGAACAUGGAUUUUAGAA